AUGGAUCUUUUCUCCGAGCCAGGAAAGCGGUCGCUACAACAAACUCGAGCCCAGCGCUGCCGGAGCUAUAUACGACACUUGGCCGACGCAAGUGACAGUGAAAGAGAGCGUAUGCUCAAUCAGUGGAUCGACGAUCAUGGAUCAUCAGGUUCCAAGGAUGCCGUACGAAAGUUACCGCACAAGCUCAGUGGCCGCUCAUCAAGAACGGACGGUGUUGACUUUGACGAAGAUGAGGACGACGAGCCCCAAUUAUCCCUACUGAGAGACGCUCCAAGUAGAGGCCAUAGAUCGUUCAAGAAACCCAAAUUAUGGCCAGAUAAUAGUCAGAACACAAAUCUACAAGGUGACCUUGAAGAAGAAGAUGGACAAUCGGCGGAAAAAUCGUUGCAGCCGGAGUCUGCCCUUCGUCUGUCGUUAAAGCCGGCGACUCCUGAUGACUCAGAAACAACUGGAGAGGAUGAGCUGUCAGUAGAUCGGAGCAUUCAAUCGACAACAACUCUUCAAGCCAAUAUAUCUGCAUGGGUUGAUCGUUGGAUCGGAAAUUCAUUUCCUACUGGUGUCACUGCCGAAGGCCCUAAUCCUGCGGACCGUAAAUUGCUUUUUGACAAUUAUUUUUGCUGGCAAGGUCCACGAAAUGGAAUAGUGCACCGAGCAAUAUUCGAACGUGCCCUUGAAGAAAAUGACUCCAAGUACUACUCUCCCUUCUUACUCGCAAGUCCUUUCUCGUGCAAAUACGACAAUUAUGCUAUAUGCGCUCACACGGUCAGGCACAUUCCUAUACUUCGAGACCGAGUCCAUGAAUAUGCGGCGAAAGCGCAUUAUCUGCUGGCCGCUGAAUUAAGCCGACCCAGCAGUAUUCCGACUGUCCAAGGCAAGCUCGUAAUGAUGAACCGUUUGAUGUUACUGGCGUCUCAUGACGCUGCUCGAGAUCUGGGAUGCCAUUUGGACAAAGCUCCAUCUACCUCCAUCGAUCGCAACGACCCUCAACGUGAACAUCGUAUCUUUAUUCAGCGACAAAUGAGGUCUAGAGUGUUCUGGUCCGCCUUCAUAUGGGACAAACUCAUAUCUUUAGCCUUGAACCGCACCCCUCUACUGAACUCAGAAGAACAUGCACCUCCCUUCCCUGAACCGACAUCUAGCUCGGAUUUGUGGAUCCCUGUUCUGUGUGCGGAUUCGCCCCCUUCCCUGUUCUCCUAUGCGCCACAACCAAGUCAUGAAAUGAAAUGCUUCUAUGAGACGUGUAGAGCUAAUCAGUUUUUGGACCAAAUUCACCGACAUUUGUAUCGUACCCAAAAGUUGCGCUCUACACAGACUCGGGAGUUUGUUGCAGAUAUGCGAGAAAGAAUGCUUCAAUGGCAGGAGGAGGCGUGCCCUGAGGUGAUGCUGGAUCUCAGGGCCCCAUUGGAAGUUUCUCCGCCCCCACACAUUAUGCAACUGAACCUUUUGGUCCGGCUCAUGUGGAUCUUGUUGUAUCGUCCCUUCUUUCAGUCUUCUGCUGGUUUGGAUCAGUCCCCUUCCGUGCUAGAAGCUAUCCCUACGUGCGAGCGUGCCGCCAUCGAAAUCAACCACAUCUUCACAAUGUAUGACCGAUACUAUCCUUUGAGCCGUGCCUCUUACAUCGUCAUAUUUGCUGGAUUUUUACAAGCGACAGUGGAUCUUGCCUUGGCGGAUCGAGAAAAGUCUGUUUCCGGACCCACUCUUUCACGCCUCGCUUUGGCUGGAAGAGUAUUAUCUGGUGGAUCAGCAAACAUCCCCGACCCAUCUUCAUGCCACCCUUUCUCGGUGGACUCGCAAGGGAUCAGAACAGCUGAAUGCGCGCGCAACGAGUACAACAUCGUCUUGUUUGGCCUCUUCCCGUGGACCGUCAAAAGACUCGCGGAAUAUUUCGUGUUCGCCGUCAUUAUCAAAUCAGCGAUCCAGUGCAACCCCUCCGGACGCCCUGUCUGA